UUUUUUACCAAAGGUGUAAAUGCUCCAUAAGUUAUUAGAAUCAAGACGUCAGACGUCACAGUAGAGACAAUGGAAACCAACCCUUUUGCGAAGCUAUUGUGCGUUGGCCCAAACGCCUGUAGUUUUGUGCUUCCCCAACUUCCUACAAUUUAAGAUAAUUCCAAAAUACGGCGGUGAGAGAGAAAGAGCACAUAAAAGCGCACGUUGUCAGGCAACAUAUAAAGACCACCAUUCCGGUCGAGCACAUGUUGAGCACAAAGUAAAUUUUGGUUAAUUUGAAAACCAGAAUUAAACGUUGUUUUAUUAUAGAGUGUAAUAGAAUAGUAUUAAAGGAUUUAAUUGAAAGUUGAAAACAAUUAUAAUAAAAGUGUGUUGUUGAGUUGGAGUUUAUACGAGAUAAAUAGUCAGACGGAGAAAUUAUAAUAGUAUGACAGCCGAUUAACAAUUAAAAUUGACGAUUAUAUAUUUUAAGUGGUUGCCAAAAUUAGGAGCAUUGUAAACCAGCGUUAAUUUGUUGAGAUUGUUAAUAUGGGCAGCAUUUAUUGAUAAUUUGAUUUAAGUCGAAAAAUUAAUUAGAAUUUAAAAAAAAACGUAUCAAUAUAGCGAAAUGCAAAGACAAGAAAAAUUGAAACCCAAUAUAUUAGAUAAUAAUUCUGAUUUUGAUAAUGAGUUGGCUUCAUUUUUAAAUAAACUAACAUUGAGUGAUGACGAUAUUCAAUCUACAUACGAACCAGUAUGUGAAAGCUUAAAUAAAUUACUGCGACAAACAUUACCUAAAAGUCGCAUACACAUGUUCGGAUCAACUUCAACCGGAUUAUGCUUUAAAAAUUCUGACUUGGACAUCUAUAUUGACAUAGGCGAACCAAUUAGCUUUGAUAAAAAUGAUACAUCUUCGAGAUUUUUGACUUUUCGUAAAGUAUUCUCAGAAGUGGUAAAAGUCUUGAUUGAUAAUAAUGAUUGUUACAAAACAGUUACACCAAUUGUUGAUACAAAGGUGCCAAUAAUUAGAUUUAUAGAAAAAAAACAACGAAUAUCUUGUGAUUUGUCCUUUAACAAUUAUUUUGGUACUAAGAAGAGUCUCCUCAUAAAAAAUUAUUUAACAUUUGAUACACGCCUAAAGCCUUUUAUAAUGAUUAUUAAAAAUUGGCUUGAAAAUUGCAAAUUUAAGAAUGUAUCAGGUUAUAUCUUAGUAAUGUUGUCGAUAUUUUAUUUUCAAUUACUCGAUUUGGUGCCUCCUGUAAUAAAAUUAAGAAAUUCACGUGAUCCUGAAUUUAUUGAAGGAUGGCAAGUAAAUUUUAAUGAAAAUAUUCAACAUCCUUCAUCAAGCGAUAAAAAAUCGAUUCCUGAAAUGCUUUAUGGAUUUUUUGACUUUUACGCUAAUUUUAAUUUUAAGAAAUUUGUUAUUUGUCCUCUUGAUGGUUUUGCAUACCCGAAGGAAGCAUUUAAAAAUUUAGAUAAGCUUCCAGAAAGCAUGAACAGGUAUAAAAAGUAUAUUAGAACUACUAAAAACGCAUUUCCAUUGGAUAUUAAAGAACCACUGUGCAUCCAGGAUCCAAUCAUACUCAAUUUAAACUGUUCCGCUAACACUUCCAGUAAAUUUGUUAAUACUUUCAAACAGAAAGCCUCUAUAGCGGCAGAUAUUUGUGCAACUAAUGUUGAUGGAGAUUUUCUAUGUGAAUUAUUUAAUAAUAAAACAAAGAAGAAUAAUAAAGUUUUAAGGAAAAAAAAAAACUUUUUACAUAUUCAGAAAACUGAAGCAACGAAAAACGUCCCUAGAGACAGAAAAAAAAAAUUAAAUCGAAAGGAAUAUCGAACUAGUUAUAAAGAAUUGGGAAAAAUUAUAUCAAUGAAAAAUUUAAGUUUUAAGGAUCAAUUGGCUUUAUUUGUAAAAAAAUUCACCUUAACUGAUAGUGCAAUUGAAGCUUCCUAUCAAGCCAUAUGUGAUGAUUUGAAUCAAAUGUUUCGACAAUCUUUUCCCAUGUGUUCCACGCGGAAAAUUGGUUUAGCAGCAACUGGAAUAUGGCUUAAAGGCUCUAUAUUGGACAUAUAUUUGGAGACAGGUGAACCUACAAAUUCAUGUGAAAACGAUUCAUCUUCCACAAUUUUGACGUUAAAAAAUGUUGCCUCAGAAAUAAUGAAGCUCUUAUUUAUAAAGGGCGAUUUUUAUAAAAAAGUUAAGCUAUCUGGAGGAUCAAAUAUGCAAAAAUUUACAUUUGUAGAUAUUAAAAGAAAAGCCAAUUGCAUUUUAAAUUUUGAGAAUCCUUUACUUGUUCACAAAGCUCGCCUAAUAAAACAUUAUUUAUCAUUUGACACUCGCAUCAAACAUUUGAUAAUUAUUAUUGAAUACUGGAUACAACGUCAUAAAUUUUCAAGUCAAUCAGGUAUGGAUUGUGGCUUAAUAUUGUUAUUAAUAUUUUAUUUGCAACAACCUGAAGUCAAUUUGGUGCCUACUGUAAUAAAAUUAAGAAAUUCCUGUGAUCCUGAAUUUAUUGAAGGAUGGCAAGUGAAUUUUAAUGAAAAUAUUCAACAUCCUUCAUCAGAUAAUAAAAAAACGAUCCCUGAAUUGCUUUAUGGAUUUUUUGACUUUUACGCUAAUUUUAAUUUUGAAAAAUUUGUUAUUUGUCCUCUUGAUGGUUUUGCAUACCCGAAGGAAGAAUUUAAAAUUUUAGAUAAGCUACCAGAAAGCAUAAACAGGUAUAUGGAAUAUGGGACGAAUCACAAAGACGGCUGUUUAUUAAAUGUGAAAUCAAAAUUUUGUCUUCAGGAUCCUACCACAUUGAAUGUUAAUUGUAUCAGCAGCUUAAAUGAAUCUUUUAAAAUAUGUAUCCAUACUGCGGCAGAAGUUUGUGCAGAAGCUCUUAAAAAUGAUUCUUCUCAAUUGUUGUUUAAUUUGUUUGAGACAUAAGCAAUCAAGAAGUAACAAGAAAAAGAACUUUGUCGAAUUAAAAAUUAUCGAAUUUUUAUUGAACACAAUUUUAUAAAGUAGAUUUUAUAAUAAGCCGGUGAGGCUGCACCCGAAUUGCGUGCGGAUCCUCGAAUUGCGUCCCGAGGGGCGGCAGGUAGGUACUAAAUUGCGUGCCGCGGUCCAAAAUUGUCAUGUUGAAUUGCGUGCGCGUUGAAAAAUGUGAGAACCACUGGCCUCAAGUUCCCCUCCCACCGAAUCUGUACAAAGAUCCAUGUAUUUGAAAUAAGAAUUUAAAUAUCUAAUUAGUUGUCAAUAAACCUGUGUUGUGACAGUUUGUUUGUUCUGUAUAUAUAUUUGUAGUGUAUAUCGAUUGAAAUGGAAAUAUUAAAUGUAAUGAUUGGAGAGAAAGGUAAGACUUUGAUACUCGUUGACAAUUUUAAGUUUUCUUUUCAAAAAAAAUUAAAAAAUGAAAUUCAACGGUGGGCAUGCUCAAAAAGAAUGUGUAAAGCAUUUCUUAAAGUUAAUGACCAAUAUUUUGUGAUAGAAAGUAAUUUGAAUCACGAUCAUGAACCGGACAAUGAGAAAAUAAUAAAUCGUCAGAAAUUAAGUAAUAGUUGAAAGCGUAAAGCUGUCGAUGAUCCCUCUGAUCGCCCAGCAAAAAUUUUGCAAAAAGAACUAAUAAAAGGUGAUGUUGAUAGAUUAGAUUUAAGCGACGUUCGUCUCAUAAAAAAUAAUAUGAAUUACGCGCGACGAAUGAUAAUCCCUAAAUUGCCAGAUAGCUUAGAAUCACUUCACAAUAGUCUAUCGACCUUGGACAUAAAAACAAAUAAAAAUGAAAAUUUCUUGAUGGUAAAUGACGAUUUAAAUAAUAUAGUUUUAUUUUCAACUGAAGUUAAUUUAAGGGGAGGGACCGGUGAAAUUUCAGCCUACUGAAGUUAUUAUUGUUAAAGAGUGUCAAUUUUUUUUCUGGCAUAAUUUAGGAUCCAAAAUUAUUAUAAAUUAUUAAAAUUAAAAAAAAAAAUUUUUUAGCCAUUUUAGAAAAUUUAUUUUUUGGAAAAAUUAAAUUUCUUUAAAUUCCAUACGAUUGAUUGUUUAAAAUCGUGAAAAAAGCGUAAAAAAAAUUCGACAAUAAAAAAUAAUGAAAAUUGUGGAAGUAGUUGAAUUUUUUUCAAAAUUACCACUAAAAUUGAAAGCAAUCAAAAUUGAUCUUGUUUAGGGGUAAUAAUUUUUUUCAACAUUUUUUUUCAACCAAAAAUCUUAUUCUACUGAGAAAAACAACAAAAGGUAAUUUUUAACAAUUUUACAAAUAUUUUUAUUUUUCAAAAUUUUCAUUUUUUGAAAAAAUUGAAAUUUUUCAAAAUCCAUACGCUUGAUUGUUUAGAAUCAUGAAACAAGCGUAUAAAAAAAUCGGCAGUCAAAAAUAAUUAAAAUUGUGAGAGAAGUUUAAAUUUUAAAUUUUCGAGAAUUUUGAAUUUGAUUUUAAAAAUUAUUAACAAAUUUAUAGUUUUUCAAUAUUUCAUGAUAUAUUAUACAUUUAAAUAAUUAAUAUUGUCAGAAAAAAAAUUGACCACCCUUAAACAGCUUUAAUUUUGAUGUGUUAAAAUUUCAGCGGUCCCUCCCCUUAAAAUUUCUAUGUAAUUUAAAUAUAGUGUUUGUCGAUGGCACGUUCUACAGUUGCCCUUCACUCUUUAAACAAGUCUUUAUUAUUCACGGACAUCAUGAAAAUAUAUAUAUACCUUUAGCUUUUUUUUUACUUAAAGAUACAAAAUCUGAAUCGUAUCAGAAAGUUUUUGAAAUUUUAUUUUUAGAAUGCUUAAAAUUAAAAGUAACUUUUUCACUAAAAUUAAUUUAUGUAGACUUCGAAAAAGCAAUUCAUAAUGCAAUUCGUGCAACUAUGUCAAAUUCAUUAAUAAAAGGCUGCCGUUUUCAUUUAAGUCAAAAUUUUUGAAGAAAAUUCAGGAAUUGCAUCUGGUACCAGAUUAUAAAGAUGUAAAUUCUAAAAUUGGAAAGUUUUUAAAAUUAUUUUUUGGUCUGACAUUUAUAAAUCCUACACUCUAAAAAAAGUAAUCUUGAUUCUAGCGAAUUCCUCUUAAUUUGAUGCAUAUUUUCCUCUUAUAUAUUGUAUCAAAAGUAAUAGUCUUCACUUGAGAGGAUUUUCCUCUCGCAUAUAAUUUGACAAUUAUGGUUAUAAACUGAUAAAGAAAAGCUAUUAUCAUGCACUAAAUUAAAUAUCUGUAAUUAAAUAUUAAAUAUAAUUAAUGAUUUAUAGUCAAUUACUUAUAUUAAUUAAUAGAUUUCUUUAUUUAUUUAACUUUAAUUCAAUGUUUUUGACAUCAGAACCUCAAAAAAAUUGUUUUGUUUUAUUAUUAGUCACCAAAGAAUAAAAAUAUUCUACAUUCAAGUGGAAUACUUUUGUUUUAAGAGGAAAAAUUGAGAGGAAAUUAGAAGAGGAUUUUUCCUCUAAAUAUGAGAUUACUUUUUUCAGGGUGUAAAAACGUUGAAUCUGUUUUUAUUGACGACUUUAUGUCUGUUAUUCCUGACGAUGAUAGACUAAUGAGAUUUUGUGACUACGUUUUAGAAAAUUACAUAGAUGAAAAUUCUGAAUUUCCUCCUUAUAUUUGGGCAGAAUUUUCGAAUUCUAUAACACGUACUACUAAUGGCUGUGAAUGUUUCCAUUCUAAAUUUAACUCAUUUUUUUAUGAAGCUCAGGCAAAUAUUUUUAAUUUCAUUGAAGCAUUGAAAGGCAAUUCGACAUCUACCUAAUACCCCUCGGCACGCAGUUCGAUUGGGAGGGGUUCAUACCUGGGAUUCGGCACGCAUUUCGGGCACACCGGCUGGAGAAGUUAACCAAUCACAAUUUUCUAAAUAAGUUUUUAUUUGCGUGGAAUUUUAAACUUCCACUGAAAUAUUUCUGACAGAUAAAAUUAUUAAGAAAGUUAAUCUCAAAGAUAGACAAUAUAUAAAAAUUUGGAAUGUAAAUAAUAUUUUUAUAAAAAAUAUUUAUUAAAUCAGAAUUUAUUAUAAAAAUAGAAAUUCUUCGAUUUUUGAUUUUUCAAAAAAUUGAAAUUUUUUUGUUAAAACUUCAGUAGUGAUUUUUCUAAUGUUUUUUGUCAUAAAAUAAAUAUUCUACAAUAAAAAACUAUUUAAUUAAUUAAUAUAUAACUGGGUGAAAAUAAAAAAAUGACAAUAUGUGCCUAACUUUAUAAAUUGAAAUAAAAUUUUUGAAAUGUUGAA